GAAUCUACAGGAAGCCUUUCCUCUUGGCCUUACGAACUCCCCUGGUGAAUUUAGGAGAGAAGGUGACAUUGGAGUGUCAUGCCGAGAUUAAGUUUGAAUCUUUUACUUUGACUUUUCACACAAAAGGAAUAAUCAAGGACUCUUUGCAGCUUUCUGCUGAAAAUCAUCUUGGGAGGUCCCAGGCCAACUUCUCAAUAGGUCCUGUGUCAACUGAUGAUGCUGGGACAUACACAUGCUAUGGUUCUUACAAUCACUCCCCAUAUAAGUGGUCUGUAUCCAGUGACCCCAUUGACAUAAAGAUCUCAGGUUUGUACAAGAAACCUUCUCUGUCAGCCCUGAUGAGCCCUGUGGUGAUGUCAGGAGAGAAUGUGACUUUGUCCUGCAUCUCUGAUCAUCAGUUUGACAUGUUCCAUCUGUCCAUAGAAGGGGUGCCUCAGGGGUACGGGCUGCCUGCAGUACAGAGCCACAGUGGGACAUUCCAGGCCAACUUCCUUCUUGGUCCUGUAAUCCAGACAGGGAACUAUAGAUGCUAUGGCUCUUUCAGUAACUCUUCCCAUGUGUGGUCAUCCUCAAGUGACCCAUGGUACUUUCCUGUCACAGGUAAGAAAGCCUAA